AUGGCUGACGAGGAAUCUCAACCUGUAGCGACACACAACUCACCACGGACGUGGCUGCUGACGGCCGCCUUAUCACCACUGGCCGUGCGCCUGAUCCGUCAACUGCUCUCUCAUGGUGACUACGUCGUCGCGUGUUUGCCACCGCAGGAAAUUGACCAUGAGCAACGGAGCGCCGAAUUUCGCGAGCUAAUUGCUGAGUGUAAGAGCAACCGCAAGGAUCGCGAAGGAUGGAAGGACCGCAUUCGUGGCUUUCGUUGUGAGGACAACAUGAGCUCAAGUCUCUCCGCAGUCGCCGAAGCCGUGGAUGUUUUUGGGCGCAUUGACAUUCUGCUUUGCUGCAGAUCUGAGGCUGUUGUCGCUACGGUAGAGGAGCUGUCAACAAAUCCGCACACACAAAGCCUUGCUAGACAACAGUUUGAAAGCAAUUUCUUUUCGCAGGUGAACUUCAUCAAAGCGGCAUUACCUCAGUUAAGGAAACAACAUACAGGCCACAUCAUUGCCCUCACGAGCGUUUGUGGCCACCUUGGUACUCCCGGGCUAUCGAUGUUCUCGGCGGCAACAUGGGCGCUCGAGGGGUACUGCGACUCAUUGGCAUACGAAGUAGCUCCUUUUAAUAUCAAAGUCACAAUUGUUCAACCGAACAUGGAGAUCCAAUCGCUCACUAGUCGCCUCACCUUCGCACCCCAAGUCCCGGCAUAUAUUGAUGCAUACCCCACGGCACCGAACGUGCGAGAUAUGCUCAGUAACGUGUUGAAUUCGGAUCCCGACACGGCUGUUCCAGACUCCCUCGACUAUAGAGCUACACCCUCUACUCCAGGGAGCAUGUCGUUGGAACCUGAACCUGGCCGCGGAGAUAUUUUCUCUCGAUACCCCAAACUUCCGCAAAACGCUGCGGAUGCACUAGUCAACGAAACUGUCCACGCCCUUACGGCUAUUGGGGGACACGAAAAUCCACCAUCUCGCCAUAUUGUGGGCGCAGAGGCGGCACUAGCCGUCAAGGAGAAGCUAAAGACUGUCACAGAAGAAAUGGAAGACUUUGUGGACUCGAGUUUAGCAGUGGAUAUUUUCGAUAGUGAGCUCAAGGAAGAGGCCAAGAAGGGCAAAAAGCCUAGGGACAAUAGUUCUGAAGCGGGAGGAGCAAGCCAAACAGCUUGA